AUGAUCCAACAACAAACUUUAUUAACGAGACAAGUUGUGGUCAUCUUGUUAUUGCUCGCUCUCAUCUCUAGCCUAAUUUCCGCAGCUAGUCUUGCUAAUACUAAUAUUCCGUUCCCAAAGGAUUUUAGAUUUGGUGCUGCUACUGCUGCCUAUCAAAUUGAAGGAGCAUAUAAGGAAGAUGGAAGAGGAUUGAGUAUUUGGGAUACUUGGAGUCAUAUUCCUGGUAAAAUUUAUAAUAAUCAAACAGGUGACAUUGCUGAUGAUCACUAUCAUAAGGUAAAGGAAGAUAUUGCCCUGAUGAAGAGUUUGGGAGUUAAGAAUUAUAGAAUGUCAAUUAGUUGGCCUCGUAUUCUUCCAACUGGUCUUUUGAAACAUGGUAUUAAUCAAAAAGGUAUUGAUUAUUACAAUAUGGAAAUUAAUGAACUUGUUAGAAAUGGAAUUAAUGUUGCAGUUACAUUGUAUCACUGGGAUUUACCACAAUAUUUACAAGAUACUUAUGGAGGUUGGUUAAAUUCUAAGGAAACUGUUCAAGCUUUUAGAGAUUUUUCUGAUAUUUGUUUUGCUCAUUUUGGAGAUCGUGUUAAGGAUUGGAUUACUUUCAAUGAACCAUUCAUUACAUCUGUAUUGGGACAUGGUUGCAAUGAUUGGGCUCCAGGAUUGGGUUGUGGAUCAAGUCCUGCUGGAAAUAGCUCAAAUAUGCCUUAUAUGGCUGCUCACUCUCAACUAUUGGCCCAUGCUCAUGCUGUUAAGGUCUAUCGUGACAAGUAUCAACAAGACCAACAAGGUAGAAUUGGUAUUACCCUCAAUUCCAAUUUUUACUACCCUCUCACAAAUACCAAGGAAGAUUAUGAAGCUUGUGAAAGAGCUCUCUUAUUUGGUUUUGGUUGGUUUGCUGAUCCAGUUUUCUUUGGAGAUUAUCCUCAAGUAAUGAAGGAUUUCGUUGAAGGAAAUAGACUUCCACUUUUCACUGAGCAAGAAAAGAGAUUAUUGAAGGGUUCAGUUGACUUUAUUGGACUUAACCAUUAUACUAGUAAUUAUAUUGGAAAUAGAAAAUCACCAUUACCACCAGUUAAUCAAAGAACUUUCAAUGAUGACCAAAGAACCGAAGGCUCUAGUUACAAGAAUGGUGUUCCUAUUGGUCCAAAAGCUGAAUCUGAUUGGCUCUUUGUCUAUCCACCAGGAAUCAGAUCCAUGUUGAAUUGGAUUCAAAAGAGAUAUAAUCCACAAAUGAUUUAUGUGACUGAGAAUGGUGUUGAUGCUCCAGGUGAAAGCUCAAUGCCAAUUAGUCAAGCUUUGAACGACACUUUUAGAGUUAACUAUUUACAUGACUAUCUCACAGAGGUAUCCAAUGCAGUGAUGCAAGAUGGUGUUAAUGUUAAGGCCUACUUUGUUUGGUCAAUGAUGGAUAACUUUGAAUGGACCAAUGGUUAUAGUUGUCGUUUUGGUGUUGUCUUUGUUGACUAUAAUAGUCCUAAUCUUACAAGAUAUGUCAAGAACUCUGCCAAGUGGUACAGUGAGUUGGUUAAACCAUACAACUAG